UUUUCCCUCUGUUUCUCCCCGCCUCCUCCGCGGGAGCCGAGCGCCAAACUCAAAACUCUGUCAGGACCCGCACGUCUUUCAGGCUACUACCGAGGACCGGCCUGUUUGGCUUUUCCGCACAGCCGCCGGUCCAACAUGAGCCAAGUUCUGUUCCAGCAACUAGUUCCGCUGCAGAUGAAAUGCAAAGACUGCGAGGAAAGGAGAAUAAAUGUUAGAGUAAGCAUUGAACUGCAAUCAGUUUCUAAUCCAGUUCAUAGAAAGGAUUUGGUUAUUCGUCUGACUGAUGAUACAGAUCCAUUUUUUCUGUAUAAUCUUAUUAUAUCUGAGGAAGAUUUUCAAAGUUUAAAAUUCCAGCAAGGUCUUCUGGUAGACUUCUUAGCUUUCCCACAAAAAUUUAUAGAUCUCCUUCAACAGUGUACUCAAGAACAUGUUAAAGAAAUUCCAAGGUUUUUGCUACAGUUAGUUUCUCCAGCAGCUAUUUUGGAUAAUUCACCUGCAUUUUUAAAUGUGAUAGAGACAAAUCCUUUUAAGCAUCUUACACAUCUCUCACUAAAACUCUUACCUGGAAAUGAUGUGGAAAUAAAGAAAUUCCUAGCAGGUUGUUUGAAAUGUAGUAAGGAAGAAAUAUUAUCAUUGACACAAUCACUAGAUGAUGUUACUAGACAACUGAACUUGACACAAAAGACAUUAUCAGAAAAAAUACAAGAAUUAGAAAAGUUACGGAAUGAAUGGGAAUCACACACAGCAUCAUUGACAAAUAAGCAUUCUCAAGAACUGACGAAUGAGAAGGAAAAGGCUUUACAGGUACAUGUUCAAUAUCAACAGCAGCAUGAACAACAGAAAAAAGAUUUAGAAAUUCUCCAUCAACGAAAUAUCCACCAGCUACAGAACAGAUUGUCAGAGUUAGAGGCACUUAAUAAAGACCUAACUGAAAGGAAAUAUAAAGGAGACUCCAAUAUUAGAGAACUUAAAGCAAAACUUUCUGGUGUUGAAGAGGAGCUGCAACGAACUAAGCAAGAAGUCCUCUCUUUGCAAAGAGAGAAUUCUACAUUAGAUGCUGAAUGCCAUGAGAAAGAAAAGCAUAUUAAUCAGCUACAAACAAAAGUGGCAGUUUUAGAACAAGAAAUCAAGGAUAAAGAUCAACUUGUUUUAAGAACAAAAGAAGCAUUUGAUACAAUCCAGGAACAAAAGGUGGCUUUAGAAGAAAGUAGUGAGAAGAAUCAGGUACAACUGGGAAAACUUGAAACUACAAUAAAAUCAUUAUCAGCAGAACUUCUGAAGGCAAAUGAAAUUAUCAAGAAGUUACAGGGGGAUUUGAAAACCCUAAUGGGCAAAUUGAAACUGAAGAAUACAGUUACUGUUCAGCAAGAAAAACUCUUGGCUGAGAAGGAGGAAAAAUUACAAAAGGAACAAAAGGAACUACAAGAUGUUGGACAGUCUCUUCGAGUUAAGGAGCAAGAGGUAUGCAAAUUACAAGAACAAUUAGAGGCUACAGUUCAAAAACUUGAGGAAAGCAAACAGCUUCUAAAAAAUAAUGAAAAGUUAAUCACAUGGUUAAAUAAAGAACUAAAUGAAAAUCAGCUAGUAAGAAAGCAAGAUGUGUUGGGACCUUCUACCACUCCUCCUGCACAUUCCAGCAACAACACAAUCAGAAGUGGAAUUUCUCCUAACCUGAAUGUGGUUGAUAGUAGGCUGACUUACCCAAGCUGUGGGAUUCCUUAUCCUGUCUCCUCUGCAUUUGCAUUCCAGAAUACUUUUCCUCAUCUGUUAUCUACCAAAAAUACCAUCCACCCAGUUUCAGGACCAAAGGUUCAGUUUAACUUGCAGUUUACAAAACCAAAUAUAUCACUAGGAGAUGUUCAGUCAGGAGCAACUGUUAAUGUGCCUUGCUCAACUGAUAAGGAAAAUGGUGAAAAUUUAGGAUUGGAAUCUAAAUACUUGAAGAAAAGAGAAGAUAGCAUUCCUUUACGUGGACUAAGCCAGAAUCUGUUUAGUAAUUCAGAUCAUCAGAAAGAUGGCAGUCUAGGAGUGAUGCAGACAUCUUCCAAACCUGCAGUGCUCCCCUCUACAUCUUCAGCCUAUUUUCCUGGGCAGUUACCAAACAGUUAAUUCUAGCAUUGUCUUUUUACUUUCUAUUGACAUUUCAGAAACUCAGGUGUUUUAAAAAUAUCCUAACAGGCAGAAGUCAAAUCCUAACCAGGCAAGUUUCAGAUUUUACUUGAGCUAUCUACCAUUAGACUAUUUAGAUCCUUAAUUCUACUACUGGAUUUACAGCACACAGUUAAAAAAGAAAUAAAUUUGUAUUCAGGGAUUGGUAAAGAUGCUGAGUAAAAGAUAUUUUGGUCUGUAAA